GCUUUCUGAGAGGAAUUAAUUAGUUAAUUAAUUAGUUAAUUAGUUAUUACAAAAGAAAAAUUUGAUUUCUCAUUCCAUCACUUCACUCAGCACAUCACACUGUCUAGAUUUUCUGUUUCGGCACAAACUAUGACAGAGGCGGUCUUUGUGGUGUCGAGUGGGACAACUUUAGCAGGGCGCGAUUGAGAGAUUCUUUUUUUUUUUUUACCGUCAACUCAUCAUACAAAUAUUUGGGGGCCUCUGCCACACAUUCGAAUGUACCAUAACAAUCCGCAAUAUAAUAAACACGGGGUGGUGGAUUUCUUCUGAAACCAGGAUAAACCAGGACUUGGUACUCAAAAUUAAGUAACCUUUCUUUGCAUAUACACCACACAAAAACACAAAAGCUCUUAGCAUGCAGACUAUUGGUUUCAAAUUACCGUAACAAUUACUCUCCUCAGGAUUUACGCUAAUCAGUGAUCCGGCAAACAAGGUUAGGGUUAGAGUUAAGGUACGUAACGCACAUGACACUCUCCAAGGACCAAGCUUACUGCUAAGGCUGCAUCUCUCCAUGGCAACUACAUUUUUCUCUAUAUUAAAUAUUAUUAUAAGAUGCGUUGUUGUUUUAACUCACAGUUCAAAGUAGGUGAAUGUGAUUAUUUUUCUAAAACCUAUUCAUUUAGGGCUGACAGUGGAGCUGGUUAUAAAAAGACAAUAGCGCUUAUUUGUCCCUCUGAAACAGUAAUGGACUGCAGGACAUUAUAGGAGGAUAUUAUAGCAGGACAUUAUAGGAGGACAUUACUCAUCACUCGGAGGAUUGGAAGUCCAGACCAACGUUUAGAGGUAGUAGAGGGAGUGUUAAAAGACGAGCUUUUUGGUCGAGCUUAAAGGAGGAAGAUCUACAAAGAUCAACACGGCGCCUUUUUGCUGGCAGCAGAGGGCCUCUGAAAGAAACAGUUGCUCUCACGAAGGUCACGGGACACACAUUUGAAGACAUGCGCAGAAGAUGAAAAGAAAAAAAUAUACCCAUGGCGGGAAAAUAUGCAGGUCGCACAGUAGCAUCAAUAAUCUUAUAAUCAAACAAGAUUUUGGAGAUUUCUAAAGCCCCGAUCAAAAAUAAGUGUUUCGCGUGGUUUAUUUAAGAAUUUGGCUUAUUUCAAGACACUUGACGUCUCUUAUGCCAACCCCUUGCUCAUUCUCAGAUCGAGGCUGCUAAGUUGAAAGUAAAUGACAAAACACUUUCUAAGCAUACAAAUCUACAGAGCCUCUGCACGCUGUCCCAUCUAGCCAUUUAGUUGACAUGGUGAGUGCAGAAGAAAAGUAAACACAAGGGCUUCUAACUCUAGCAAGUAUUGUGUAAGAUAGCACAGUCAACGAUUACUCAAAGUAGUGAGGAUUAUAAAUCAAUGUUUUCAAAUCUGACAAAGCGUAGCUUCAUAAUGAUCAGCAUACAAUUCUGCAAAUAUCACGGGGCUGGAAAUGAUUUUAUUGUCUUCGAUAACAGAGGUGAUGUUUACAGUCUAACAGACGAAACUCGACGUCACAUGUGUGACCGACAUUUUGGGAUCGGCGCUGACGGUAUCGUUGAGAUAAAGCUCAGUCAGUCAGAUGACUUUAAAGUCAUUUACUACAAUGCUGACGGCAAGGAGGGCUCCCUUUGUGGCAACGGAUGUCGUUGCGCUUUGGCAUACGCCAAAAGUUUGGGGAUAGUUUCGUUUGCCGGCACAUUAGGAGAUUGUGCUUUAGAGAACCCUGAAUGUCAAGGCCAGUCGGUGUACACGUUUGAAGCUUCGACUGGGCGACACGUUGGAAUCAUACAAGAAACCGUCAAAAGGGGAGUCAACUUAGUAGAAUAUUUCGUCAAAUUUGGAGAUUUCCUGGCUUCAGACAUAAAACAGUACAACGCUGAGGAGUUCUACAUAAACACAGGCUCCCCUCAUCACGUGAAAUUUAUCACGAAUGAAUUGGAAAAUAUGAAUGUUUUUAAAGCAGGGAGGAAACUGAGUUACGAACUCUACGGUGACAAGGGCAGUAAUAUCAACUUCGUUCAGUCAACGAGAGACAACCAGACAAUAAAAGUUACAGAUGAGCAUAGGCCAGAAGCGUGGGUAAAAGCCAAGGACAACAAUGUUCUCUACGUCCGAACUUACGAAAGGGGGGUGGAGAACGAAACAUUGGCUUGCGGAACGGGAGCAGUGGCCGUAGCACUUAUCCAACAUGCUAAGGAUGCCAAUGUUAUAAAUAUGGCUUUAAAUAGCCAGACGUCAGACGCUUCUUCUAAUACGGAAAGAGUUGAGCUCGUCCGAAAAACUAUCGAGAUGAAAGGCGGGAAGUUAACAGUGACAUUUAAAGCAGUCAUCAAUGAUCAGGGACCAAGUGUUUUGUAUAAAGACGUCUACUUGUCCGGGCCAGCUCAAUAUGUAUUUCGUGGGGUUUAUGAAAUGCCUCAAGAUUGAACAUUAAAGGAUAUCUUCAUAACCUUAUCUUGGGCUACUUUAAGUCAAUUAGUUUUCGUUGAUGUAGUUUAGUUUCCAUUGAGCUUAACACGCCACUUUCCUUGGACCCAGUAUAUAAAAUAAAUAGAAGCUCGCCUUGAUUUCUGUCAGACACAGACUAGAAAAACAGUUCACACUGUUGUAGGCACUUAGUCGAUAUAGAGAAAUGUUUAGAUUGUAGACAAGCAUCCCAUGUCAAUGAGGAAUCAAUCUCUUAUUCUCUAUGGACGUUUAUUUACGGCUGCAGAGGUCUUUCUGUUUUUUUCUUAUAUCUCACUACUAAUGUCAAUAAUAUUGUUGAAGUGCCAGUUACUUUAUUUCCUUUGUUAUUGAACGUCUAGACAUUAUAAGAAUUGACAAUCUUUUGUUGUUGGUUUGCAAAAAAAAAAGUCUGAUAUCGCUAGAUAAUUUUCGUAAAAUUGAUAAAAGAUUUUUUUUUUAAUAAGAACAAUUCGGACAUUGAAGCCCUCACUCAAAUGGAGUUUGAUGAUGAUGAUGACAUUGAAGAUAGCUAGAACUGAAGGUCUCUGCAUUGCCAUAUUUAGACUUGAUAAGGCCCUCUUCGGAUCAUUUAUAAGUCCAGAUUUUAUAUGCUAAAUAUUUCUUGAGGCGCCCUAAAAUUUAGUUUGUUUUGCCUAUAGGUUAAUCUGGCCCUGGUAAUGUUUGUUGUUUUCAAAAUUGGAUUUUUUUAAAUGAAAUUUAAAAAAAAAGGCUUUGAUAAAAAGAAGCAAAAUGCACCAGAAUUAUUAUUGUUAAGAUCUCUGGCAGACGGGAGUGAAAUUCAUUACUUAGCACCAGGAUUAGCUAGUCCUUUGAAUUAGUCAACACGAAAAUAAGGUAUUCAAGUAAAAAUGUUUUAUUUUUUUAUUCAAGUAUUGAAUUUAUAGCCAAAAUAAAAAUAAAUCUGGCAUAAUAAAACAAUUGUUUUAAAAAAAGUGUUUAACUUACCAAAUUUAAAAGUGAAAAAUCAAAUUGGAAAGGAAAUACUUAGCACUAUAACUAUUAUAACAUUAUCACUUCAAUAUAUAUUAAAUCAGACAUGUACAAGUCUACAUUGGAUCUAGUCAACAACUUCAAGGCCAACUGUCAGACUUUUCAAUAAAUCCACAGUGUACUCAUGGAGUAAAACGUUGUAUGAUGAUCAGGUACAGCAUAAGUGCAACAUAUCUCAUUGUGAGUACUGGCCUGACUGAUCAGAAGUUACACUUUGGAUCUAAGUCCAGCCAGACCAGAUGGGAAUUUAAACACCAAAAAGGACAGUUGGGUCAACAUGCUGACUACACAACAUUUUUGUAGAUACUGUAAAGUGUAAGCCAUUGAAACAGGGAAACUUAAGUCACCUGCUAGAAACAUCUUUCAAUCCAAAAAGAAAAUGUUACAGUUUAAUUAACAACUAUGUAAUUAAGUCAAAAUUAUUUCCCCUUGCACAACGACUUGGCUUCCAAAUCUUACAUAUAAUUAGUAAUUAAAGAUAAAACUGUCAAAUAUUAUUAAAAAAAAACUAACAGAUUAAAAAAAAAAAAACUUAACUUUUCUAACAAAUCAAUAAAGAAUUGGCGUCAUAAAACUUUUUUUCCCCUUUUCAAAGUUGGCAAUAAAACAUUUUGCGACCCCCCCCCCUUUUCAAAUAUAUUUCCUAGACUUCAAUGAGUACUCAGUUCCACAAAGUAAAGUUGUUUAUGUCUACAAGGUUCUGGAUUUGUUUCUUUUACUUUCCAAGGAAUGAGAAAGAGAGAAAACAAAUGUAGAAAGUAUACUGGUGUACAGUUCUAUGGUAAAUUUAUACAUGCAAUAUGGGUUUCUUCACUUGAUUCAUAAUACAUCUUUAUUAAAGAAACAAAGCCAGACCAGCAUGUGGCCUAUCUCAUUGAACACAACUGAUGCUUUCAAAUCUGAACCAGUUUUUAGUGCCAUAUAAUUGAUAUCACAUACAUGUGCCAUCUUAAUAGAAUUGGUCUGAGCAAAACAUUUUUAUAAAAAUAAAGGUCUUGUCUGUAAUUCUAAAGUGAAACAUUAAAUGUAAAAAAAAACAAAUUGCUAUAAAAAUGGUACAUUGAACUUGUCCAAAUUUUACAGAAUGCUUUUUCAAUGCAAGUUUAAGAAAUUCAAAAGGUAACAGUGAAAUAUUCCUAGACAGAGCUGACAUUUAUACAUAUAUAUAUAUAUAUAUAUAUAUACUGAGAGUGUUCAAACAAAUGAUCAAGUGUAAAUGAUUUGAUAGUGUAAAAAGACUAAUUUAUUUUUUUACUAAACAAUUGACAAGUGUUGAAUAAAAGCAGAUAUUUUUUUUCUUUAUUUAUUAUCAAUUUAUGAUUCAAUAAUGUACUUUGUAGCAAAAAAAAAAAAAAAAAAAAAAAGAA